AUGCACCAACACCAUUGCGCCGACGCUGUGUCCCGCGGCAACCUCCCCGGCGCCGGCUACCGCAUCUACGUGCACGAGUGGAGGCUUGAGGCGCACGCCGAAAAUGAAGACAUGCUCCACCACGUCCGCCUGUGCAUGGAGGAGGGUGUUCCUCUGCACGGGUGGAACGAGUACAUCGCCACCUUCCUCAUCGGUCGCGGCUGCUCAGUCGACUACAUCGAGCCGCGCUCUCGACGCAAAGAAGACACAAGGGAUUUGGCGCUCUGGGCAUGGACGGCUGAUCCUAGCGCUAUCCCGAAGGUGAAGUGGCUCACUCUUCUGGCUCGUGGGCACCGUCGCCGUGGACGGCGAGGGCUUCGUCACCGCGUCCUCAUCCAUCUUGAUCUCCACGAGGACCACUCCAAGGCAGCCGGCGACGACGACAACCCUCCACCCCCAGAUGUCCACGAGUUCACCUCGUACCGGCGUGUCAUCGACGGCACCAUCGCCCCUAGGGACCGGCGUGCUGAGCAGGGGCGAGCCGAACGUUGCCCAGACAGGCGUGACGACGACGAAGGUGACCGAGAUGGCCGCCGUGGGCGUCCUGGAGACCGCUCGCGCGAGGGAUGGGGUGCCAUGCUGCGACGCUCUCUCUCCCGCAACACGUGA